GGAUAUAUUCAUCGUCGAUAAUGAUUGCUGGGUCUUAUAUAUUGCAUGGACAUCUGUCACCCUGCCAGUUUAUCGCAUUAACCGUGGGCGACACUCGAGCCGUUGGUAGGGCCAAUACCGUGAUUUACAAUUAUCUUGGCAAUCCAAUGCCGAGUUUCUACUGAAUCGCCCGGUCAGAUGAGAAUAUUUAUAUGUGUGUUGUUCUUCUGUAACACCGCUAGACACUCGGACGUGCGGGAAAAACAUACCAAGUGAUCUCGCAACGGGUCUCAUUUAAACGAAGUCACUGCGUCAGAUAUCCCCCAACAAGUUAACCAUGAUCCUCAUCAGUUCACUUGCCUUAUUGGCACUCCUCUGCUUUAACCCCACGCUCACAAGAGGACAGUUGAACGCGACUGUCGCUCUUGACUAUGGAACGUUUUUUGGGGCAGUCAACGAAACCUCUGGGAUCGUAUCUUACUUGGGAGUUCGCUUCGCCGAUGCGCCUAUAGGAGACCUACGAUGGCGUGCACCAGUCUCUCCGCCGACAACUCACCUUGGAGAAGUCGAUGCUACCGAUUACGGUCCGACUUGUAUCUCUACCUCACAGUCAUUGACAGUAAAUUUUACGACGACAUCGGAAGACUGUCUCUUCGGAAACGUUUACGUGCCGAUCGAUGCUGAUCUAUCUGCUCCUUUGCCUGUACUGGUGUAUUGGCACGGUGGUGGCUAUCGAGGCGGCAACUCACACUCGUACACACCGGAAUGGCUCAUGCAUUCAUCCACGAAUCCAUUUGUGUUCGUGACAUUCGAGUACCGACUGGGACAAUUUGGCUUUCUUGGUGGCUCUCUGCUUGCAGCAGAUGGCGUGAUCAAUGCCGGCCUACUUGACCAGCGUGCUGCUCUUCGGUGGGUCCAGCGUUACAUAGGUCAUUUCGGAGGAGAUUCAAGUCGCGUGUCCAUAUGGGGACAGUCCGCGGGAGCGGGCUCGACAAUGUUCCAGGUUAUGGCAAACGGUGGUUAUAAUGAAGACUUAUUCCACGCGGCAAUGGGGGAUAGCCCAACCAUGAAUUAUAUGCCUCUUUAUAACGACACCUAUCCCGAGGAACUCUUCUCGCAAUUUGCAUCGUUUGCUGGUUGCGGAGGGCUAGGAAGCGAAACGCUAACAUGCUUACGAGCUGCAAAUAGUAGUGUGCUAACAGUGGCGGGUAAUGCGACCGUCAAGCAGCGAACCUCGACUUUGUAUCCAUUUUCACCAAUUAUCGAUGGUACUUUUAUCCGUGAAGGUCCCGUAGAAGCAUUUACCAAUGGCCGAUUUGCACAGAUCCCUGUCUUCUACGGAUCCAACACCAACGAGGGAGCAUUUUGGUCGGCAGGGCUUCCCAAUGCAGCCGCGAACACCUCCACACCGAAUGCCACAAAAACAACAACCUACAAUUUCAUCCGAGGGCAAUAUGCCAGUUUCACCUCCGAAUCUUUCGAAAAGGCACUUCACCUGUAUCCCAUCGAGGACUACAACAACUCCCUCGUGCUUCAGGAGCAGCAGAUGUAUGGGGAGAUGAGGUUCAUCUGUACCGCUGUGCUCAUCACUGGAAGCGCAACCGACGCUAGCCUCGACGCAUAUCAGUAUUAUUAUGACAAUCCCCAUCUUGGGGACUACCAUCAUUAUGAGCUUCAGGCAUUCUUUCCAUCUGAAGAGACUGAUUUUACACCUGAUGCCAAUGAUGAAGCACUCUUCGAGAUUAUGAGGAAAUACUGGACAUCGUUUGUUACUUCUGGAGUACCACAGGCGGCACCUGCACCUCAGUGGCAUACGGCGUCGACGAGUGAUGGAAGUCAGCGAAUGCGUUUGCAGCCUGGCAAUGUUCAUAUGGAGGACGUUACAGAUGGACUGAGUGAACGGUGUGAAUUUUGGCACAGUAUAUCUAAAGAGUUAUGAACAUGAUUGUUAUGCGACCCGCGCGUGUAUAGAGAUAAAAUUCUGGGAUUUUGAAGAGAUUUG